AGGAGUAGUCCCUAGUUCUCGUGGUUACGUAAUUAGGUCGCUAUUGUGGAAACCAUGUUUAGUUAGACCUGGCUUCCCUCUUGUGCUCGAUUGCAUCAUUCGUUACCAAGUUAGCAACCAGCUCUCACAAUGGAGGCUCCCGCGCCAGUUGCCGUGUUCAAAAAGCGCGGGGCCAAAGCCAAGGCCAACAUCAGGAAACGGGCGGCGACUCUAGCAGCAGCGACGGCCGCGGACGGCUCUGAAAGCUCAGACUACUCGUCUUCCGAGGACGAGACGGGCCAGCGCGUGAAGAGGAGGAAGAGGAACAAGCACGGCGCAGCAGCCACGACUUUUCCGGGGCCGGGCCCACGCGGCAGCAGCAGCAGCGACGACGACCUCUCGGCGACUGUCUUUAGGGCAGACAGGAGCGUGCCCAUCACGGAUUCCAACGACGCGACCAAGCAGAGCAACUGGUUCGACGAGGACGACGCCGACGACGCCCUCUCGGCCAAGAACCUGCUGGGCAGCACGAGGGCCAGGUCUGGCGAUUCCCGACAAGCCGACGACGGCCUGUACAGGGGCCUGGCGAACAAGGCCAGCUUUGUGCAGAAAAACCCAGACGCGCCGUCGAGGACGGUGGGGCCGAUCAAGGCGCCGACAAAUAUCCGCACCGUGACAGUUACUGACUUUGCGCCGGAUGUUUGCAAAGACUACAAGCAAACGGGAUUCUGCGGAUUCGGCGACAACUGCAAAUACCUUCACGCACGAGAGGACUACAAGGCUGGGUGGCAGCUCGACCGGGAGUGGGAGAAUGUGGCUCAAGGCAAGAAGAACAUGGGAGGGACGGUGGUGGCCAGCGCAGCAGAUCGUGGCAAGAAUAACAAGGCAAAAGACGACGACGACGACGACGACGCGCUGCUCGAGAGCAUACCGUUCGCGUGCAUCAUCUGCCGCGAGUCGUACAAGCAGCCGGUGGUGACCAGGUGCGGCCACUACUUUUGCGAGCCGUGCGCCCUCAAGCGAUAUCGAAGGGACCCGACCUGCGCGGCGUGCGGCUCGGGCACAAACGGCGUCUUUAACAAUGCAAAGAGGCUGCAAAAGUUGCUGGACAGGAAGCGGGAGCGGGCGGCCAAGAGGAGAGGGGAGGCGGGGGAGGAAGUUGGCGAUGAGGAGGAGGAGGGGUGAAAAUGUAUACAAAGAAUGAAUGACUCUCAGUAGCAAACUCUCAGUAGCAUCAUCAAUGCAGUGGAUGAUGAUUAUCAAUGUAGUGAUGAUGAUGAUUAAUGC